AUGGCGGGUCUCGGAGUGCGGGACCCUGCGGUGGACAGAUCGCUGCGCUCGGUGUUCGGUGGGUGUUUGACUGGAGGAUAGCAGGCAGUGCGGGCUGUUUACACAAUCAAUAACACCAAUAGCAGGGCAUUAAUCGGGGUCUGUGCUGUGCCCAGUGGGCAGUGUGGCUGCUGGGUACAGUCUGAUGCAGGAGUAGCCAACAUUCUGCACUCCAGUAAUUCCGGACUACAUCUCCCAUGGUGCUUUGCAGCAUUAUGGCUGUAAGGACAUUAUGGGAGAUGUAGUCCACAACAUCUGGAGUGCCAAUGGUUGCCCACCCCAUUUGAAGGAUAGAUGCAUUUUGAGUCAAUUUAAUGCUGAGUUUAUGUUAACUUGGAAUGUUUCCCAUUUUAUAUGUGAUGUCAUUUUCACUCUUGUAUCUGCAGUGGGCAACAUACCUUAUGAGGCCACAGAGGAACAACUAAAGGAUAUUUUCUCUGAAGUGGGACCUGUGGUCAGUUUUAGGUAAGAACCUUAUUCACCUUAUAACAGUUAAACUGACUGUUAUAAUAAUGUCAUCUAAAUAAUAAAGUUAUGGUGUCGGGAGGCCCCUGGGUACACGUUCACCUUCAGGAAUUAAACUAUGAAUCCCCCCUCCCCCCCAAGCUGUGGAUUGGGUGCCACACAUAUACAUAAAGUACCAGCAAAAUGCCAUGAUCUAUUUGUCUGCUGUAGGGCUAACAAGAAAACAAAACUGCCCUGUUCUGUGCCCAGUUCUUUAUGCGAUAAAUUCAGACAUUGGUGUAUAACCCGGUAUGUAAUAAUUAUCAUAAAGAUUCCUUUUUAUCCUAUAAAGUUUGGGUAGAUCAAUAAGACCAGAAAGUGUGCAGGACGUUCGUCAGGGAACAAAACCUAUUCCACAGUACUAUAUAUUAUGUAUAAAUAACUCUUAUUUUCAUGCUGUAAAGGUGUCUCUGCAUUCACUCCACAAUAAUGACAGUAGCAAAUUUAGACUGUCUGUGUCUGCAGUGAGCGUAGUAGCAGUAUUUAGAUUUCAGCUUGAAUGUCUCGCUUUAGACAUAAAACCAAUUGCACAUAAAGCACAAGUUGGCAUGCAGUUGAAUCAUGUAUAUCUUUUGUUAGGCUGGUGUAUGACAGAGAAACUGGAAAACCCAAAGGUUAUGGCUUCUGUGAAUAUCAGGACCAGGAGACUGCUCUUAGUGCCAUGCGCAAUCUGAAUGGCCGGGAAUUUAGUGGAAGAGCUCUACGUGUGGACAAUGCUGCCAGUGAGAAAAACAAAGAAGAACUCAAAAGUAAGUAAAGUAUCUGACUUUUAGUCAGUUUUAUCACAAUUUCACAUUGCUGUUAAAUUGGUGUCUUGAGGUUGUCUUUUUAGAAUGGUACUAUACUUCCCUCUAGCGUCCAACUCCCUUGCGCUCACCCUGCACUGUAAGGGUUAAAAAAAAUUACUGUACUUACCCGAUUCCAGCACCGAUUUCCCUCGGAUUUGAGUCGGCACUCUGCCUCCUUUGAUGUCACUCUGCAGUUUUAACCCUGCAAUAUAAUUAUUGCUGUUUUUCAGGAAACUGCAAUAAUUAAAACUGCAAGGUUAAGUGGACAGGGUCACUGCACCCAGGCCACUUCAAUGAGCUGUAGUGGUCUGUGUGCCUAUAGUGUCCCUUUAGUUUAAAUUCAUCCUUCCAUUAUUCAGAGAGAGAGUACUAUUGAAUUAGGUUAUGACACAAGACAUACUUUAAAACAAUCAAAAGCUGGGGGCGGAGCAUGACUGCUAAAGCAUUUGAUCACAUGAUCCUGGUGCUCCAGCAUAUACCAGCUAAAAUCGGACUAUAUUGACAUCCCAACUGCACUCAUAGUACUUUGGGGGACCCCUCUCUGUACCCAAAACAUCAUGGGACGCAAAACUAAGCAGCCAAGACCGGACAAGCCCAGCACAGGGCUAACGAUCGGAGAUGGUGCAGCUAGGCCCAAGAUGGCCAAUCUCUCCAGAGGCUGCUCCAACUUUUCAGGUGAUCUAUUGCUUGGGGCCAAAGAGGAGAACCCACCUGCACCCGUGAAACCCCAGCGGGUGGUCCAGACAAAUCUCUAGUGACAAAGUCGGUGCUCCACGAGAUGCUGGCCGAACUCCAGAGAAAUAUCUCGACUGACAUAGCGACAAUCUGCAGGGACUUGCAGAGCCUCACAGGCCACCUCGGGAUACUUGAAGGCACUUCAGCUGAGAGUGCUCAGCAUAUAGUGUCGCUCUCUUCAAUGCCAAAAUCAAUGGCAUGAACGUCGGUCUGUUGCCCAGGAGGAUAACCGGUGCCAGAACAAUCUAAAGGUGCAGGGGAUAUCGGAGGACGUCCCAGAGGAUGAGCUGCCACGUUUUGUGAGAUGCUUACUGGGGCCUUGAUACAACUUCGACAGACCAAAGCAGUGAUAAUAGAAGGGCAAUUUCAAAUGCACAUACCCCUCAAAGCUCUGAGUACAGCACCAAGGGACUUAGUGGUCCGCUUCAGAAACGGGUCCGACAAAACAGCAGUCCUAACCGCACUGAAAGGGAACUUGCCUUAUCACUUUGAGAAUAUGCCUCUCACCUUUUUUAUGCUGACCUCUCUGGGGGCACCGUAGCUUGGCGAAGCUCUCUCAGACCAUUCACCGCACUCCUGCAGCAGAUAAAUAUUCGUUAUCAAUGGUGGCUCUCCCUCACACUCGUCUUUCAAGGGGACCCUCCGCAUUCUGUACACGGCUUCCAGGAUGCUAACAAGCUGUUGCAAACUCUGGGACUGCCUCCAGAUGCACUCACACAGAAUAGACAGGCUGAUGCCAUCGCUCUUGUGACCCUGCGAGGAUCUCGUCUUUUGUCCCACAACCGCAUACCGCUGAUCAGUACACAGCAGUCACCACUUGAACUCCAGCUGGGGAUCAAGAGCAGUUUGUUACUGGGGAUUCCCUGAACACCAAUAUAUUAUAACUUCUUGAGUUCUCAUUACUUUUAUGUUCUACAAUACCCUCAUUGUUGAGAAUUUACUUAGAUUCCUAAUUCAACAUAUUCGUACACCGAUAGAUCUUAUAUCCGCUGCCUCCAGUUCUUUCACAUAUAGUCAGACGUAGAACCACAAGUUAGGCAAUUGAGGCCAAAUUUCUACUUACACGUCUAGUUAAUCUGAGGCACUCUAUCACAGCGGUUGAGUUUCUGCAAUCAUAUACAUAAUCCCUAACUCAUUGCUUAGUAAGAAGGAAGGCCCCAAUGCAUAUCCAACAUAACUUGAGCUUUAAUCCAAUAUAUCCGUAGCCUCUAAUUUAGGGUAGACCUGUCCAGCUGUUAUGUUGCCUCAAUAAAAUAAAGAUUGACACAAAAAAAAGUAUACAAUGUUUACCUAUUCUAUUGCAUUGUAGGUCUUGGAACUGGCGCACCCGUUAUAGAGUCCCCUUAUGGUGAUCCGGUGUCUCCAGAGGAUGCUCCUGAAUCUAUCAGCAGAGCUGUAGCCAGUCUACCUCCAGAACAGAUGUUUGAACUUAUGAAACAGAUGAAGGUGAGUUGUUGCAAUCCCACUAUUUUGACAACCUUUCUAGCUUUUUUGUUUGGUUUAAGACUCCUAUGUUAGUGCCAUCUGUUAAUACCUGUUCUGUGUCUCAACAGGAUUCUGAUCGUCUUUUGUUUGUUUUACUUACCCGUUGUACAGCAUUGCAGAAUGUGUUAAUUCCUUUAAACCAAUAAAAUUAUUUUUCCCCCUCCAUGUAUCGGGGUUCUUGUUUGUGCUUUUUUUUUGUAGUCUAAAUUUUCUUCUUGUAACAUUGUAUUUUUUUGCAUACCUAGCUUUGUGUCCAGAACAGUCCGCAGGAGGCUCGUAAUAUGUUAUUGCAGAAUCCACAGUUGGCCUAUGCCCUGCUCCAAGCUCAAGUCGUAAUGAGGAUUGUGGACCCUGAAAUUGCUGUGGUAAGGAAUUAUAUUUCUCAACAAGUUAAGCAUGGAGUUGUAUGGUUAUUUCAAGAGUGAGUGUCACACAUCCCAUUCAUUUUAAAAUGUUAAUUUGUACCACCUAAUCCAGUCAUGACAUCUUGCAUUUUAUUUUAUUGAAAAUAAAAAGUAUCUUGGAUACACUGUGGAAACUAUAUUAAGUAAACAACUAGCCCUUGUGUGUUGGAGGGAGAGCUGGUAUUACUUGUGAUGUUCAAUGGAAUCAGUUCUUAAUAAGAUUUAUAUUGUGCUCCUAUUGGAAUAGAAAGAGAUUCUAUCCUAUGUUUGUUUGCUCUUUCUUGUUUGGAUUGCAGUGAUGCUGGGUGAUAUUACCAUUUUAUCCUUUAAUUUGUGCCUGAUAUUGGGAAAUCCUCUUUAAAUAAAUAAAUCAGAUGCAGCAAAAAAUCACAUCCUUUUUCCAUUGUGCCUGGUGUCUAUUUGCACUGCCUUUCCAAUCACUUUAAUUAGGGAUGAACGGAAUGAAAAUUCUGUGCCAAAACCGAAAAUUCUACUUUUUUUUUUUUUUCCCCCACAAAUGAUUUUAAAAUUUUUUUAUUUUUUUUUUUCUAUAAUUUUUUAAUAUUAGACUUUUUAAUGAAUUUAAUGAAUCUAAAAUGAAAUACUACAAGCCAAUAAAAGACAAAACAGAACGUUUCAGGGAUUUGUUUCAUUCCAAUAAUUUAAUACAAUUCCUUAUUAUCCUGAUACAACAUAAUCAUGAUUACAAAGUAGAGGACUGUCAUUCAGACAGCUGAUCAGGUAAAUGGAAAUCACUUGCUCUGACAGACUGAGUGGAAGCAGGGUCACUCCAGCAGCUUAACUGCUUAAUGUCAAAGACAGAAAUCAUAAACUUAGCACAAAUGGGGCUGAGUACAGAGAUUGGGACAUGAUCAUAUAAACAAAAGCUCAUGGCAAAUCCAAACAUUUGGGACUGUAAUAUACAGCUGGACUUUUUGCUUUGAUUAAAGUAGUCAGUAACUGGUGCUCAAACAGGUGCAGCUUCUUUAAGGGUUGCCAGAUCCCCCAUCUUUUAUUGCACACAUCACUUAUACAAACUGACAGGCAGCAACUGACAGUGUUGCCCUGUAGAAUGUAUAACUCAAGUCAUAGUAUGAAGAGUGCAGCAUAUGAAUUCGUCAUACUCCAGGGCAUCACUUUUUAUUGUAAGUAGAACAGCAGCAGCCUCAAUACCUCACCCAGAAUUUGUUCUAGAGAAUACACAUUUAGCAACCCCAUCUUUUCUAUGUAAAAAGAUAAAGCCUUAUUUUUUAAGGUGGAUUUCUGAGAGUCAGGUAUGAUCGUGGCCAGUGUGCCACGCGGAGCGUUGCCAUGGUAACUAGAGAUGUCGCGAACUUCUUGCGAACUGUUGGCGGCGAACUCCGGUCAGCUGACACAUCCCUGCCAAUCUCCAGCAGACCCUCCCUCCCAGACCCUCCUACUUCCUGGACAGCAUCCAUGUUGACGCUGCCUUCAACAUGGAUGUUGUCCAGGAAGUAGGAGGGUCUGGGAGGGAGGGUCUGCUGGAGAUUGGCCGGGAUGUGUCAGCUGACCGGAGUUCGCCGCGAACAGUUCGCGGCAAACCGUUCGCGAGAAGUUCGCGGACGGUUCGCGACAUCUCUAAUGGUAACCUGUGGCAACGCUCUGACGGCCGCGGGACUCGCAAGAUUUACACUGGGAGCUGCUGGAAAGGUAAGUCACAGCUUGCUGCCGGCCCCCCACUGCUCAGUACAUGCCACUGGACCACCAGGGAAUGCCAUAGCCCCCCUCCCUGGCCAGGUAACAAGCAGGGCAAAAAUAAUCAAAAUAAAACAUAUAAAUAUUAAAAAUUAAAAUAAAAAAUGCCUUUCUCCCCUCCCCCACCCCCCCACCCAUUUUACACAAAUCACAUCCCUUCAGAACACACACUACACACUGUGUAUAUAAUGCAGAGUGUGUAGUGUGUGUGUGUGUGUAUAUAAUGUGCUUGUAAUGAGCCCGGCGGUCCUGUUAUGUAUUCUCGGCAAUAUCGGUAUCUUUAUUGGCCGAUACUGAUAUUGCCAAAAAUACAGAAUAUCGGCCGAUAAUAUCGGUAAAACCUAUAAUCGGUCUAUCCCUACUUGGCAGCCAUGGAACUCACACACACUUCCCAUAGAACGUUGCCCUGGAACGUCCCAGCGCUGUGUUCGGAUCAGGCGCACGCAGGCUGCUCUCGGCCAUGCUACAAGAAGUAACCGUCUAGAGGGGAGCGCAGUGUGCUUCCCUCCUGACGGUCAGCCUGACGUUGUGCCGGCCCUGGAAGGGGGGGUGUAAUUUUCGGCAGAUUUGAUACAUUUUCGGCCGAAAUUUUGCUUAUCCCUAACUUUUUAAUACUAAACUAGUGUCCCUGGUUAACCACAGCCCAGCCCCUACCAGAAGUAUGGCUAAGACAGAGAUUACACACUUCCUUCUAGCUUUAUACCAGCAAUUGGCAUUGGCACUUGAGUGAAAGUGGUCAGCUGACGCUCUCAGUCAAAGCAUUGUUUUAUUUUUUUCCCAAUAAAUAAGCCUUGGCUACAGACGUUUCAUAAAACACAAAUAACUGAAUAAGCAUUUCCAAGUUAAAGGGGUACUCUAAACAAUGUAGCUACUGUAUUAAACUGUUUCUGUUUGUUGCCUAGAAUCCUUGGCUACAGUCCCCUGUUUUAAUCACACAGUGUAUUGUGUCAGAGUACAGUAUUUUCUGUUCACUUGCGUCUGACAAUUAUUUUGAUGUAAUGUAUUUCUACAUUGUAUAUGGAUCAAUGGUGAUUACCAACCCUUCUACACUUUAAUCAAUUAAACAAAGCAAUAUUUAUGAAGCAUAUGGAAUAUAACUGUAGGUUGAGCUCUGAACAUUCAUUACUUUGCUUUUUGUCCUUAGAAAAUUUUACACCGACCAACCAUUGUCCCUUCUCUGAUGCCCGGUGGCCAGCAGCCAGUUCAAGGUCCUAAUGUGCCCCUGAACCAGCAGAAUCCCCCUGGGGGCCAGAUGCAGCCUGUGGUAAGACAUUCACUCUGGAAUAUUCAUUAAAAUUGCCAUAUUAUAACUACAGUUGUUUUUAUAGUUAUUUUUGCUUUCAUGUUAUCUUAUUAGGGUUCGAUUCAUGUAAAUGGAGCACCACCAAUGAUGCAGAAUCUCCCAAUGCAGGGCGGUGUUCCUGCACCCAUGGUGAACCCCGGGCAAGGGCCUGUACUACAAGGAGGUAAGUGAAUUACAGCAUUGUUUAUUGCAAGUGGCAAGUGGCCAUAUCUUGUUCAUCCAUCUCAAGUGGUCCAAUAAUUCUGAAGUUGGGUUUUUAAACCAUUUUUAAAUUUUGUCAAAUUUUUAGGGAUUACUAUGUACUAUGGUAUUGCAAAAGCACCAUUUUUUAAAUGUAUUUUUAUUUUACUUGGUUUAACCACUGCGAACAUGUGUGUCAUGGUACACAAAAAUUUGUCAUACAGAUGUUAACAGAAACCUCAGUAUCUCCACUCAGCGGAUGGUAUCUCACUGGGCCAAAAGCUGAUCUCUAGAGCACAUUACAAGGUACUUGUACAUGAAAAGAUAUUUUGUACAGCUCUGUUCAGCUCCCUUGUCUAAAUCUCGCUGCCUUCGUGCCAUGGUAACCCGUGGCAACACUCUGAUGGCCGCGGGACUCGCGAGAUUUAGACAAGGGAGCUGAACAGAGCUGCUGGGAAGGUAAGUAAGAGUGUGCUGCGGGCCCUUCAGGACCGCCGGGCCCAUGACAACCUUCUCGGUUGUAAUGCACUGAUGGCAGCCCUGGUCUACAUUAUCGUCAAUAUCUGUAUUUUUAUAGGCCGAUACCGAUAUUGCUGAAAACUCAGAAUAUCGGCCGAUAAUAUCCGCUAGAUCGAUCCCUAGGUAGGGGCGUGUGUGUACUGUAUUUUUUUUAUUUAAUACACUAAGUGACAGUACUUGCAUUGAACUGUUUGUCUACCAAAAUUCAUCUUGAACUUGGUUGACUGGUUUAGUGAAUAAACCUUGUGAUCUGAAGUCAUUUCAUAGACUCAGCUGUGCAUUACAUUGCAUGGACUUGCUUUAGAACAAUCAAUACAUAAGAUGUUUUUAAAAGGUUACAAAAAUAUUACCUGCGACUGUGGGACAGAGAGGAUUAUGAAUAAUGAAAUUGGACCGCAUAAUUGAGGGGGAUGGGGGAAUAACUGAAACCAGUGAAUUGCUAACUUCAAAAACGUAGAUAAGAGUACAUGGAAAGUACUAUAACAUAAGUAAUAUUGAGUUGCAAUGAUUCUAAAUGAGAUAGUUAACCAGUGAAAAAUAGACAAAAUGUUUUAUAUAGGUAUAUAUCAUAAUUAUAUGUUUAUAGGGUCAGUGUAAUGAGUGAAAACAUUAUUUAUUUUUAACUAACACAGGCCUCGUUUCCCAAAUGAUUCAAUACUCUUAUAACAUUUUUUUACAAAUUACUUAUCUACAAAAAAUCCUUCUGAUAAAUCAUUUGCAAAGUUUUUCAAACCAUACUGAAUCAUUUGGAAAACGUAUUCAAUUGCUGCAAUAGUAGAAAAUCUGUAAGAAACAAUGGCACACAAAUAAUAAUUAUAAUGCCAAGAAACAUAUGGAUGUAAUGUGGUACAAAUUCUAACUUUGUCCCAAAAUCUUGUUUAUAUAAAAUGUUCUCAAUUGCAUUGUUAUGGGCAAAUGCAAAUAUUACAAGUUUUAGAAUGAAAUGUAUUUCUUAAACUGUGUACUUUGUUUAUAAGCGAUAUUGCAAACUGACUAGGUGUCAGAAAUGGAACAUAUUGCUUUUCAUACAUGUUUCUUAAAGCAAUAACCUCUAACCUACUUUCAGUGCAUAAUAUGUUUACGCCAAUUUGUCUUAGCUUAAUACAAAACAAGUAAUGCAAAAAUAUAUUCAAGGCUAUGCUACAUCAUCAGACUUUAGGAAGCCAUCUUGUCCCAAGUCAGGGAAUUUCCCAUGAUGUGCGCACUUACUAUUUAGUUAUGGCCUUGUAUCUUUGCCAAGUUAAGAGGUCUUAAAUUGAACAUAUAAAUAUGUGUACCUUUUAAAUGUUAAGGGACAGAGGAGAGAUUUGGAGACAGACACUGUCGCUCCAUAUUAUAAUGACUUAGAGAUGUUGACAUGUUCAAGAGGGUAUGUUAUUCUAUUUUAAUGAUAUGGCAAGCAUAUAGUUUUAAUCUUAUAAACUCUGCUUAUAUAAAAAAUACUUGGAAUACAUACAUAUGCACAAUAGUAGAUGUGGCUGUAUCAAGAUGCUGUAAAUAUUUGAUAUGUGUUGACUUGAUAUGGUUUUUGUGAUUUCUAUUCCCAAAAAAUACUGACCAACUUAUACAGUUACUACAAAGAUCCAUUCUAGAUCAAUAGAUUUGUGCCCUUUUAGGACAAAUUCUCUUUCUACCAUCUGUAUGUUUAAGUUGAGAUUUGUCAAGCCAGGUGACUGUUUACAAUCUUAAAUUAUUCAGUUUUCGAUCUUACAGCCAUGUUUUCUGGCCUACUUCAACUCAGUAUGAAGAUAAAAAGGAUAUUGGGUGCACAUCCGGAACAUGCAUUUUGCAGUAAUGGUGUUGUCGUACAUAAUACAGAUUAUGGACCAGCGCACACAUAUAAAUACAGUUUAAAUUUCAUAAGGCUACUUAAAAUCACACAUCUCGGCGAACAUCAAAGCACUAUCACUUUGUCUAGUUUUGACACUGCAUUUUUUUUUAAUUGUGCUUUUAUCACAUUUAUUUUGCCUUGUGUAUAUAUAUUGACAAUGCUCUUACAACAGAUUAUUAAAAUGCACUUUAGCUUAUUUAGCACAAUUUUAUUUAUCUGCCACAUUUGAAUUGGUGUAGAACCCACCAAUAUUGGACUACUGUGAAGUAGAGGUGGGCUUAACACAAUAAGGCCAUAUGGCGGAACUGACUCCCCAUAUUUGUUUACUGAGGUAGGUGAUUUUAAGUAACCUUUUAAAAUUUAAACUGUAUUUUUAUGUGUGUACUGUUCCUUAAUCUGUAUUAUGGGUAAUCCAGCGAAGUGAACUGGUAAUGGCCUAAGCGGUCUAUGUCACAGUUUUGCCCAAAUAAGGCAGAGACCCCGAGGCAUGUUACAGUUACACACCUAAGUUGCUUUGUUCCUAGUAGAGAGAUCAAGGACAAUACGACUCAUCAUUUUAAUAUCAUGCACCUAACCCGAGAGUCGGGUCGUCCACAGGUUCUACUCUCUACAAACACGGAGAAGACAUUUGUAGGGUUAACUGGAUGCUUUUGCAUUUAAUUGGGCAGACUAGAUGGGCCAAAUGGUUCUUAUCUGCCGUCACAUUCUAUGUUUCUCUGUUAACUCUCUGCAAAAUGGGCCCUAGAGAGAACCGCUGCAAAUGGGUACAGUCUAUAUUUGACACCGAAGGCAAAGGUAAGAAUUAAUGGGGGUCUUUAAGACCCUGCCAAAAUCUCCAAUAGUAACCGUCAGGGAUGCCGUCUCUCAGCUGCUGUUUUUACUCACUCUAGAACCCUUUUUAAAAGCCAUUUGUGGGAAUAGGGACAUCCGGGAGUUCAGACAUACUGAAGUUGAAUAUAAAAUAUCCGCAUAUCCUGAUGACUUACUCUUCUAUAUAUAACAACUGUACCAAAUAUCUUAAAGGAGUUUAGCAUUUAUGGUGAACUAAGCAAUUUCAAACUUAAUCUAGAUAUCUGAGGCUCUAAACCUCUGUACCUAUACAGGCUUAAUUUUCUCUUAAUGUUAACCAGAUUCGAGGAGGAGAUGAGGGCUUUGUCAAUCCCACAUUUCACAUGGUUUAAAUAAACUCUAUCAAGAUAAAUUUGUUACCCAGAAUACUCCAUCUAUUCCAGACCAUUCCAAUAUCCAUAACCCAGGCAUUCUUCUCAUUCCUCAACUCUGCAUUAAUCCGAUAUGUGUGGAAGGGGAGGAGACCAAGGCUCACCGUACCAAUGUCCUAACAUCAUUCCAAUAAUAUUAUCAUGUUGCUCACCUCUCCCUUAUUGUGAUGUUUUGUCAUAUCAAAACUUAGCAUAUCUUGCCGACACUGGAGCCAUAGGUAGCAGGAGACUGAUCUCUUCAACUGUUUGGUUAGCAGAUGGAAAGGUCACUAUAAAAUCCUGGUAGCAGCAUCAUUUUUGUCUACCACUCAUCCAAUUUCAGACCCAGUGCAUAUGGCUAAAAGAGCUUUUAAAUCUUGCGGAAAGACCCGGAUAUAUUUAUCCAGACAAUCCAUUCAGAUGGUCAUCUGUAACCCCUGCCUGUGCCAACUUAAGAGACCAUACAUACCUCUGGAGAUCUACAGACAAAAUCAGCUUAAAUAUGUUUACGCAACGGACAACUUUGCAUAGGCCACUACUUCUGUUUUAAGAAGUCUGCUAUCAUGCUCAAACACGAUAUCGCAGCACUUCUUCCCUGUAUCAAAUGGUCCUAGCUGGAAACCAAGGCAUUCCUCCUUUUUGGAUCAGGAGUGGAUGAAGAUGCUGAUACUUACACAUGACAAUUCUCAAUGCUUGAAGUAUCAAGAAAUUGAUACAGUCACCAGAUAGUGAAUGCUCCACUUACAGUGCGGUGGGCCUGGAGUGCAAAGAAAGGUAGUUUAUACUUACCUAAACCUGUGCCUCAUGGCCACUGCCAUUUCUUUCUGCAAGGUAUUCUUCAACUCCAGGGGCUUCAUCUGUCAGAGGCCAUCGUCCGUUCUACAUACACUGAUGAAUAUGGAGGAUCCAGCAAGACUACCGGAUCCUCCAUAGCUUUUUUUCCCACUUAGCUGUCUCUAGUGGCAGCCUGUAUGAGAUUUUCAAUGCUGAACCUGUGGCACAUUGUGUGCAGUUUUGCAGUUCACUAAUGUGUAAAGUCUAAAACUGGCCAAUUUCUUAAUUGAAACUGGGACUUCACAUAAAUCUGGCCAACCAAUUUUGGCCGUAUGUUGCCAUACGCCAAUAAAUAUAUAAAUAUAUACACUGUGGAAAACAAAUUAACAGUAAACUUUUGGCAAUGGUUGGUGAUAAAAUUGCCGUACGAAAAGUGCAAUGCCCAUCGCCGAAUAGUGUCUAGUUGUAAUUUUCUGUGGAGCUUUUGGAGUCCUUGAGCACCUAAAACCCUUGUACGAAAAUAUUGAAAUAGCAAUGCACCUUGUGUUAAGUGACCUGUAGUUAGACCAAAAAAAAAAAACCUUAGACGUGAAUGUUUGUAAGUUGUUGUAAUUGUAUAGAAAUUAUCACUUGAGAAUGAAUUUUUUUUUUUUCUCUCUUCUCCUUUUUCUGCUUUAUUCGUACUAAAUGAGGAAAUCUGACUGCAGAAUUCUGUUUUUUAUUGCUUACGUGAAGCAAUGGAGCAAGAAUGCUUGAAUCUCACAUGCACGGCAGGGAUAUAUCUUAAAAGAAGUGCAUCAUAACCAUAGCAAACGCAAGAAACAUGUGUUUUACUUUUAUGUCCUUUUUGGGAUGUAAUCGUCUAUUACAGUAAUAAUUCAAGUGUUAAUUCAGAGAGAUUUUACUUACCAUGCAAAAAAUGGCUACUAUUUUAACAUUCGCUCCGGACUAAGUAUCGUGACACUUAUCAGUGAGGCUUGUAAGAAUGUUGCUUUUAUACAGGUUAAACUGAACUACAGAAGAUGUGGAGCAGGUCGUAUUGCUCUUCAGCUCUUUUAGAGUAGAACUAACGAUACAUACUGUAAUGAUUGCUUUCCUUUUUUUUUUUUUUCUUUAACUUUUUUAAGUUAAGUGUAACUUUUUAAAAUCUCAUAAAAUGCCUAGAGUACUGUGAAACUUGUUUUAACGUUUGAGGUUAUAAAUGUGUGGUUUGCUGCUGAAUUAAUCCUUCAUUCACAUUUUUUCUUUUCAUGCUGCCUAUUCAAGGGAGUCUACAACACUCUCCUGUGCCCCCUCCAGUGCCUGCUCCUAUAGAGAGAGUACCAGGUACCCCCCAAUGCAUGGAGACUCUAUUUCACACUUUGAAGGCCCAUGUCAUGUGUAUACAAAUAUAUGCAAUGUGUGCAUGAAUUAAGAACAUUAUGCUGUGGAAAUGUUAUAGUGCUUAACAGGGGGCCUUUUUAUCAAGGUCUAAUGUCUCUUUCCAUCUCUGAUGUUUUUAUUACUAGAGUCUUCCAUCUUGGUUUGUAUAUAUCAAACCGAGUAAAUAUUAAAGGGGGCCUCUAAAUACCACAAUGCACUACAUAUCAUAUGGUGCAAGUUCCCUCUUACCCUCAUAUUUUCCAUUGGAGGGUUCGUAUUAACAGAGUAAGACUGGACAAUAGCCACAUAAGAGUUGUCUUAAUUUAAUACAUUUUAGCUUGAAUUAGUGUCUUGAGAAUUAUAUAUAUAUUACACAAUCUUUUUGUAUUUUAUUAGAUUGGUCCCAUCUAAUAUUUCACACCUUUAAAUAAGGUGACAUGUAAAUACCAUGUGAUAUGAACAGCAAUUUGUACUCCGUGAAUGUGGACGAAUAUCUGGUGUGCCCUUGAGUAUCAUAAACUCUACAGCUUGUUGGUAUGGUUUUGGUGCAGAGUCUUUAGACCAAAUCUCCCUUUUUAGUGUCAAACUGAUUUCACUUCUGCACUAGCCGUCAAUCUUCUGAUGGCAAUUAUAGACUCUGAGCACAGGGGGCUCAGUGACAGUAGUGGCUAUGGUACUUAGUGUCCCUUAAGUCAAAUUUCUGGUUGGCCUGGGCACAUCAGAUACUUAGAACCUAUAUUUUCCAUAAUUUUCAAAUUACUUAUGUGCUGAUUAAUCAUUACUGAAUAUGUAGUGUCCAUACAUCUGUAGUGCCAGUGUUUUGCAUUGUUUUGCAAGCAACAUGGAAAAUGCAAAUUGAGUUACAUGAUCAAAUGGUGCAAGCAAUGUAUAAACCGAACGCCAUGAGUUCCAUUAACUAUUCCUUGUUCAAAUACUUGCAGUAGUCAGAAAUACCACAGAUGGAUUAAAAUUUACAAAUGGCCCACUAUAUAAUGUUAUAGGGUUACCAUUGGUAGAACAAGAACAUCCUAUGCAUCAGGCAACAACCAAUUGACCACGAUUUUCUGGCAUUUCUCUACCCUCUCCAAUAAAGACUCCCGUUAUUGGGAAGGGUCUAAGAUGUUUUGCUAACUUUAUUUACCUGUUUUUUUGAUCUUAACCCCUUCAGGACCAAUCUUCUGGAAUUAAAUGGAAUCAUGACAUGUCACACAUGUCAUGUGUCCUUAAGGGGUUAAACUGUAAAAUUGAUUUACCAAUCUAUGGCAUUUUAACCGUUUGGGUCUCUGACAAAAAAAAUAUUACAUGCCAACUAAGAAUCUAUUACGUAAAUCCGUAGACACAAUCUGCUGCGUAUUUCUGUAAUAUUAGCUCAUUAUGACAACAAUAAAAUGUGAACCCAGUUAUUACUUGUCUAUAAUUAUAUUGGCUUGUGUCCGGUUAACAUGCAUAAUUCAUGGAAAGUUUGCAAAAUAUAAUGACUUGGUGCCAUUCACUGCUGGAUUCUGCAGCAAACUCCCAACAUUAGGAAACUCUAGCCUUGCCAUCAUUUUGAAUGGAAAUGCUUAGCAUGUCCCAUGAUGCUCUGCUCAGAGAGCUCAUUGCUGAUAUCUACCUAUUCAUCAGUAAAUGUGAAUGGGACUGCUACUAAAGCUGAUGUCCGCUCUAAAGGGGCCCCUAAACGACAUGUGAACCUAUAAAGCAUGCAUCUACUCAGCUGGUUAAUACUAUACUCCAUGUGAUAUAACAGAAUGCGAGAGUGGGCUUAUAGCAAAUAACACAAACUUGGGGCUUGCUUGCAUCAUACUCUUUAAUUGCCUGUGGCGCUUGGAGUAUCUUUAAAAUAUAUUUUACUUGGGUAAUCAAAAAAUGCACAGCUGCCACCAUUUAAAAAUUGAGUAUUUUUUUCAUUGUACAUCUUAGUGUUAACUCUAAGCUUUUGCUUUCAUGUUCUACACUUGAUUGCACCAUUUGCUUUUAUAUCAAAAAGUGGCUAUUCACCGCUUUAAAAGGGUAGCAUCAAACAAUAACUGAGGAUUUGUUGUACAGGUGAGAAUUGUUGUCGUUUUCUAGUAUUAGACCCUGUAGUCAAUCCACAUUAUUUAAUUUAAACAUUUUGACUACUGUUUGUUCUAGUAUGUGGCAGGGCAUUUCACCUGAUGAGGUACCACUCUUUAUUUACUCUUUAGGAUUACAGGAGUUGGUCCCUAAGCAGUGAUCCCUGUAUAGACAUGUGAAGCUUAUUUUAAACUAUAAAAGCAAAACAAAAAAAUAGCACUUUUCUAUCUGAAAUCCAAACCAGUAUUUAAGGUUUUAUUUGUAUUUGUCCUGCAAACUGGCAUCUCCCAGGACACAUUUUUUUCUAAGACAUGUACAUUUAGAUUUUGAAUAAAUCUUCAUCCAAAUCUUACUAAUUCCUCAUCCAUUUCAGUUCCGAUUCCUGAUCCCAGAGCACCAGUGCAGCGUGGACCCCCAGCACCUAACAUUCCACCCAGAGGGCUUCUGGGAGAUGGCCCCAAUGACCCACGUGGGGGGACCUUACUCACAGUGACCAGUGAUGAGCAGCCACCUGGGUAA